AUGGUGUCGCUCGAGACUCAUCAAGCCAUCUCUGAGAACAAUCCAUCCAGCAGAAGUGAAAUGGCGUCGCUCAACAAGACUUAUCAAAUCAACCGAACAGAAGAGAAAUGGAGUAUGUCAAGACUUAGUAUCAAGCCAUCUCUGAAGAGAAUCGAUCCAGAAGAAAAGAAAUGGUGCCCCUCAAGAAGAGAAAUGGCGUCGCUCCAGACUUAUCAAGGCAUCUCUGAGAACAAUCCAUCCAGCAGAAGUGAAAUGGCGUUGCUCAACAACCGUCACUUGAUUACUACAGACUUAUCAAGCCAUCGCUGGGGCAAAUCCAUCAAACAGAAGAGAAAUGGCGUCGCUCUAGCUGAGCACCAGCAUAUUAGUACUAAGAAUGAGCAAAGUUCUGUAGCAAAUAAUGGAUCUUCUUAUUUUGCUUUUGAAAGAUUAUCAAAUGUCUCCUGUUCUUUAGUCAUUUUUUGUUUCUAG